AGGAAUGAGGACUGAAUUUUGGCGCGGAAUCCGCGUUGGCGCCCGGCCCGGCCUCCAUGUCUAGAAGAGAACCCCGCAGGUGCCGAGGUAGAGGUAUGGAGAGCUCUACGACACGCAAAGGUGGGAGGCGCGCGGGGAAGUGAUUUGCUGCCCCAAUGGCCGUCUCCGCGAGUUUGCUGCGAUCCGAUCACGAGAGCUAAAGAGAGCUCCAUGGUACCAGCUGGAGGAUGAGUCUGCCCAUUUGGAUGAAAUGCCACUGAUGAUGUCUGAAGAAGGUUUUGAGAAUGAUGAAAGUGAUUACCACACAUUACCACGAGCUAGGAUAACACGAAGGAAAAGAGGACUGGAGUGGUUUGUCUGUGGUGGAUGGAAGUAUUUCUGUACCAGUUGCUGUGAUUGGCUGAUAAAUAUUUGUCAAAGAAAGAAAGAACUGAAAGCGCGCACAGUGUGGCUUGGAUGUCCUGAGAAGUGUGAAGAGAAACAUCCCAGGAAUUCAAUCAAAAAUCAAAAAUACAACAUAUUUACCUUUAUACCGGGGGUUUUGUAUGAACAGUUCAAGUUUUUCUUGAAUCUCUAUUUUCUGGUAGUAUCCUGUUCACAGUUUGUACCUGCAUUGAAAAUAGGCUACCUGUACACCUACUGGGCUCCUCUGGGCUUUGUUUUGGCAGUUACUAUCACACGUGAAGCAAUUGAUGAAUUUAGGCGUUUUCAGCGAGAUAAAGAAGUGAACUCACAGCUUUAUAGCAAGCUUACAGUAAGAGGUAAAGUGCAAGUUAAGAGUUCAGACAUACAAGUUGGAGACCUCAUCAUAGUGGAAAAGAAUCAAAGAAUUCCAUCAGAUAUGGUGUUUCUCAGAACUUCAGAGAAAGCAGGUUCAUGUUUUAUUCGAACAGACCAGCUUGAUGGUGAAACUGACUGGAAGUUAAAGGUGGCAGUGAGCUGCACACAACGGCUGCCAGCUCUAGGGGACCUUUUUUCUAUUAUUGCUUAUGUUUAUGCUCAGAAGCCACAAUUGGAUAUUCAUAGUUUUGAAGGAACAUUUACCAGGGAAGAUAGUGACCCUCCUGUUCAUGAAAGCCUCAGCAUAGAAAACACACUAUGGGCAAGCACCGUUGUUGCAUCAGGUACUGUAAUAGGUGUUGUCAUUUAUACUGGAAAAGAGACUCGAAGUGUAAUGAACACAUCCAAUCCAAAAAAUAAGGUUGGUUUGUUGGACCUCGAGCUCAAUCAGCUGACAAAAGCUCUAUUUCUGGCUUUAGUUGUUCUUUCUGUUGUUAUGGUAACAUUACAAGGAUUUGCAGGUCCAUGGUACCGCAAUCUUUUCCGAUUCCUUCUUCUGUUUUCCUACAUCAUUCCCAUAAGUUUGCGUGUAAACUUGGACAUGGGCAAAGCAGCAUAUGGAUGGAUGAUCAUGAAAGAUGAGAAUAUUCCUGGUACAGUCGUUCGGACCAGCACCAUACCAGAGGAACUGGGGCGCCUGGUAUACUUACUGACAGACAAAACAGGAACUCUUACCCAGAAUGAGAUGAUAUUUAAGCGGCUCCAUCUGGGCACUGUUUCCUAUGGAACUGAUACAAUGGAUGAGAUCCAGAACCAUCUCCUGAAUUCCUACUCACAGGUGCAUACUCAAGCAAGUGGAAACAACUCCAGUUCUACACCACCAAGAAAAUCCCAAUCUUUAGCUCCCAAAGUUAGGAAAAGUGUCAGCAGUAGGAUCCAUGAAGCAGUGAAAGCCAUUGCUCUUUGUCACAAUGUGACCCCUGUAUAUGAGGCUAGGGCUGGCAUCACUGGGGAAACAGAAUUUGGUGAAGCAGACCAAGACUUCAGUGAUGAGAACCGCACCUACCAAGCAUCCAGCCCUGAUGAGGUUGCACUUGUCCAGUGGACAGAGAGUGUUGGACUCACUCUGGUCAGCAGGGACCUCACUUCUAUGCAGCUGAAGACGCCUGGUGGCCAAGUUCUGACCUACUGUAUCCUGCAGAUGUUCCCCUUCACUUCUGAGAGCAAGCGGAUGGGCAUCAUUGUCAAGGAUGAGUCUACAGCAGAAAUCACAUUUUAUAUGAAAGGUGCUGAUGUUGCUAUGUCCACCAUUGUCCAGUACAAUGAUUGGCUGGAAGAAGAGUGUGGAAACAUGGCACGUGAAGGGCUCCGGACUCUCGUAGUGGCAAAGAGGGCACUGACAGAAGAGCAAUACCAGGACUUUGAGAGCCGAUACAGUCAAGCCAAACUUAGUAUCCAUGACCGGACACUGAAGGUGGCCGCAGUGGUGGAGAGCCUGGAGAGGGAGAUGGAGUUGCUCUGCCUCACUGGGGUGGAGGACCAGCUGCAGGCUGAUGUGAGGCCCACGCUGGAGAUGCUGCGGAAUGCUGGGAUCAAGAUAUGGAUGCUAACAGGCGAUAAACUUGAGACAGCUACUUGCAUUGCCAAAAGUUCGCAUUUGGUGUCUAGGACACAAGACAUUCAUAUUUUCAGACCAGAGGUAACAAGUCGGGGGGAGGCCCAUUUGGAGCUGAAUGCAUUUAGAAGAAAGCAUGAUUGUGCACUGGUCAUAUCUGGGGACUCCCUAGAGGUCUGUCUGAAGUACUAUGAGCAUGAGCUUGUGGAGCUGGCCUGCCAGUGCCCCGCGGUAGUAUGCUGCCGCUGCUCACCUACCCAGAAGGCCCACAUUGUAACACUGCUGCGACAGCACACUGGGAAGCGCACCUGUGCUAUAGGUGAUGGAGGAAAUGAUGUGAGCAUGAUUCAGGCAGCAGACUGUGGGAUUGGAAUUGAAGGAAAGGAGGGGAAGCAGGCCUCGCUGGCAGCGGACUUUUCCAUCACACAGUUCAGACACAUCGGCAGGCUGCUCAUGGUGCAUGGACGAAACAGUUAUAAGAGGUCUGCAGCUCUUGGACAGUUUGUCAUGCACCGGGGUCUCAUUAUCUCCACCAUGCAGGCUGUGUUUUCUUCAGUCUUCUACUUUGCAUCUGUCCCACUGUACCAGGGAUUCCUCAUGGUGGGGUAUGCAACUAUCUACACCAUGUUCCCAGUGUUCUCUUUAGUGUUGGACCAAGACGUGAAGCCAGAAAUGGCAAUUCUGUACCCGGAGCUGUACAAGGAGCUCACCAAGGGAAGAUCCUUAUCUUUCAAGACUUUCUUCAUCUGGGUUCUAAUCAGCAUAUACCAAGGAGGCAUCCUCAUGUACGGAGCCCUGGUGCUCUUUGAUUCAGAGUUCGUCCACGUCGUGGCCAUCUCCUUCACAGCACUGAUCCUGACUGAGCUUCUCAUGGUGGCAUUGACCAUAAGGACAUGGCACUGGCUGAUGGUCAUGGCGGAGUUCCUCAGUCUAGGCUGCUAUGUGGCCUCACUUGCUUUUCUAAACGAAUAUUUUGGUAUAGGCAGAGUAUCUUUUGGAGCUUUCUUAGAUGUUGCCUUCAUCACAACUGUGACCUUCUUGUGGAAAGUGUCGGCGAUCACUGUGGUCAGCUGCCUUCCUCUCUACAUCCUCAAGUACUUGAAGCGCAAGCUUUCUCCUCCCAGCUACUCCAAGCUGACCUCCUGAGGACCAGCACCUACUGCAGGACUGGACUGGUCCCUCUGGCAUCUCCAAAGAGCACAGCGUCUGCACCAUGUUCCUGAGGGAGGACGUGUGGCUGGGUAGACACCCUCCUAUGCUGGACAGCAUGGGAGACAGAGAGCUCUGUCAGGGCCGAGGGUCACCUAAACCCAAGCUUUUCUCUCCAGUGUCCAUGCUGAAGCAGCAUGAGCUCCUACCAAAAAGAAGUCUAAUUCCUUCACUUCUGUUGUAAGGGAUUUGACAUUCUGAGAAUUGUUUCUAGCAUCCAAAUUCUUCCUUUGAUGGUAUCAUAAGAAAGCCAUUCCUACUUGAACAAUAAAGUCUAGACCCUGGAGAUGCCUCAUCUUCACAUGCCACUGCCCUCAUCAGAUGAUGGCUCCAUUUCUACCCUUUGAUGCUGCUGCUCUCUUCUUUAGAUGCCCAUCUUGCUUUUUUGUGAACACUGACACAGUCAUGACUUCUCACCUACAGUGUGCUCCUCACAUGCAAGCCCAAGUGACCAAAUGGUAAUAUUUCUAGACAUAAUUCCAUUGCAGUUAAAAAUGUAAAUCAUUCCUCAAAGGCAUUAAUGUUAGGGAAUAUGAUUUUUAAAUUUUCAUCCUUUUCUCUUUGUAUAAAUCACACCCAAAAACAGUUUCUCUAUGUAGAAAUCAGUUGCCUGUGAAACACAUCACCGAAGAUGCUUCGCUUGCUGUGUUAAGAGAUGUCCUUAGUUUGUGUGGUUAUCAACAUUUACAGCAUACCUAGGUGAUGUUAGGGUAGAACUGCACUGAGAAUAUCUGUGAACAGGUCCCUUGGUUGGUCAGGCUGGGAGUCUGAGGGUAGAGCUAUUUUCUCCUGCUCACCAUGCUGUGGGGUAUGGCUCAGCUGAAUGUGCCAUGAGCCAUCCUCAGAACUUCUCAGCAAGCCCUUCAAUAAGGAGCUGGUCAAACGCCAGCCUCUGAGUUUAAAGAGAGCCUUUCACAUAAUCUGAAGCAGGCUGUUACAGGCCUCUUUGCACUAGGUUUGUGUGAUCCUGUUCUUGGCUUGAUUUCACAUUGAAUGUGGUCCCCAUCACCCCAGAACGCUUGGAGAAUGCCAAGCUGUGUGAGUAGUGAGCCAGGGGAUUCCCCGACAAACCAUGGGUCUGGCAUCACUGUCCACCCAGGGUCCCAUCAGCUGCUGCCUUUCAGAGGAGAAAGAAAUGCCUCAGCUGCAAUAAAGCUUCAUUUCUUCCCACAUAAUUUUUGGUGCCUUUUUGACUUGAAUGCCUUUAGUAGGUUAUCUUUUCAGGCUUGAGGAUUCCCAGUUCCCAGACAUACAACCAGAGAGCGCUGUUUCUCAUAUUCUCCACAAGGUGUCAGUAUUAUUUGUCAGUUAGUCCAGGAACCUUUGGCCAUAUAGGGUCGCCAGCCUGUCUUCUCUGUGUGCUGAACUAAGAGAAACUAGUGGUCACUAACUGACUUCAUGGAUUUGGAUUUCACAGUGUCCUCAUCCCUUAUUUUGGCAUAGUUUGAAUUAAGGGCAUGGGAUUCACAGAAUUGCCAGCCGUUCACAAGAUGUGGCUACAUCAUUCACUCAGGGCUCCAGAGUGCAGAAUACCAACUGUAUAUCAGACACUCACCACUGUGCUUUUUAAAAAUAAAACAGCCAAUAGGAAGUUGACCCAGCAAUGGAGGGGGUGAGGCAUGAAGAUCACUACAAGUUCAAGGCAAACCUAGCUAUAUAGUGAGUUCAGGACUGUCCUCACACGCACACACACACACACACAAACCCUAUCAAAAAAAAACUUUGACAUGACCAUAAUAAGUUGCAGACAGUCUCAGGAAAACUACCACUAACCAGGACUUGAAAAUAUAGAAGCUUUCAUGAGUCUUAGAUUAGUUGGAUACAAAUUAGGAGAAAGUCAAAUAUCAGUCUCCAGACGUUAAGAUGUGCGAAGUCCGAGAGACUGCAGGAAGCCACCAUUGUGCUCAAUCUGUGAAGCAAAAAUAAUCUCCACUUCAGGAUUCCACUGUCCAGGUCAAAUGAGGAGGCAAUGGAUGGGAAGGAGGCUCCAGAUAGAUGCUUGGCACACAGCGAUUGACUCAGAAGACACUGUAAUGUUUUUUUGCUAGAUUGAAGGAAAUAACUGAAUAAAGGAUCACUGAAUCCAGGGAAGCCCAGGUUUAUGAACAAGCUCAAAAGAAGGGAAUAAUGCCCUGGAAUUGGACAAGGAGAACCUCCACAUAGGGCAGUCAUGCAUUCUCCCUGGCUUCAGGGCAACCUCACUCUGUUAGUACUUCCAAGCUAUAGAGCUCUGUCAGCUCAAAAAUUCUGACUGUUGGUCUGUCUGUGUUCUCUACCCAACCACCACUGGGCUUCAGGAGGACUGCUUCUCAGCACCAAUGUCCAGGAAGAGCAUUUGGACCAUCCAGGUUUCAACUUUGACCUUUCCUAUUCAUUAGAAGCUCUGUGAGAGAGGAGACCACUCUUAUUCAGCACUUUCGUCACAGGUGUCGAGUGCAUAUAGGGACGUCACAGACACAGCCUUGAAAACAAGCUGUGUGACAUGGAGAUGAGUGCAUGGGGAGCUGGCAGAAUCAACAACCCAGGGUAGACUCCUCCGAGAGGUAUGGUGGAAGUUGAUGGGAGAAAAGUACCAUCAUCGUGCAGAGGUGAGAAUGCAGGUGGGGAUCUGGUGGGGGCAGAGUACCAUGUGAUGAGGCAGAAUCAGCAACUAGGUGAUACAGGUGAGAGAGGCAGGUAGGUCAGUGGGCGGAUGGACAGAUGUGUAGAUGCUAGAUAGGUGUGUGGAUGGGUGGCCAGAUAGGUAGAUGACUUUCUCAUGACUUUUCUCAACUCAUGCUAUCCCAAGGUAGUGACCAUCAUGCCUUUUCUUGCAAUAUUUAUGAAUCAGGGAGGUCACACUUCCUAUACCCCUGUGAAGCCAGAACAGAUUGCACAAGUGGCUGUUGGCCCUUCCUGUACUUGUUAGAACCCAGCAAGGAAGCCAUAGUAGAGAACGCCCUUCUGGGACAGUAAUAGGCAGAUCUAGGCCCCCUCCAGCCUGUUGUUUCACCUCUGAGGCUCAGGGAACUGUGUCCACAUUGUCGUCUGUGGGAAAUAGAAGAUCAUUUCUAUAAGUCCACUAGAUGUCCGGCCAGAGGCAGAAUGUCAGCCUGGAUAAAAAUGAACUAACCACAUGUUGUCACAGGGCUGAUAGCAAGAAGAUGGGGCAGGUACUGUGUGCAAACAAGCAUCAGAAAGCCAGGUGGCCAUGUCAUCAUUCAGAAUAGACUUCACACCGUGUCACUGAAGACAGGAACAUUUGACAAUAAUUAAAAGUGGGAAGAAGGUGAAAUAAAGGGUGAAUGCAUCAGAACUAAUCUGGACUUACAGGCCAGUCACUGUCCACAGCAUGGUUGUUGUGUUUAACACACCUCUGCAGUAACCAGUAUUACCAACUGCAUGGAAACCCAGAGGACACAGAAGUCAGGGUGAUGCCUGACAUUACAGAGCUCUGCAGCCGGCCAGUAUGGAGGAACCUUCCUGAGGUCAGCCACAUGCUGGGUCAGCAAGACCCCAGGAAAGCACAAAUCACUGGAAUCAAACAUGGAGAUCAUAUGGCUUACAGAAAAAUCGACUAGAGAAAUUCUGAACUAUUUUCAGCUAUAACUAUAUCAGAAUUUGAAAGGUACAGUUAAAGCAAUUCUUGAGGGAAAUUUACACAUUUAAAUACAGGAAGGUAUAAAAUCUCUAAAUUUCCACUAUGGGCAAAGUAAGCAACCAAAAGGCAGGAAGCAAAAAUAAAAGUGGAUGUCAACAAAAUAAAAAACAUUAAUAAUAGAAAGCAACAAAUCCAAAAGCCGGCUCCUUGACAGGAUCAUCAAAAUUGAGUUUAAAAAAAUGAAGCUAUAGUGAUGACAGAAACCAUGGUAAAUUACUACACUAUUUGGUUCCACUGAUAGGACAUGAGGUGCAAUCAUUGAUCACCAGGAUCAGUGUGACUGCUAGCUUUCCAUCGCUGUGAUCAAAUGCCUGAGAAAAUAAAAGGGGAAACUGAUGUUUGCUUCAUGGUUUCAGGGGUUUCAUUCCGUGGUCAUCGGCUCCACAGUUUCUGGGCUCAUGAUGGCGAGGCAGACGUGAUGGUGAGUGCACUGGUACAGAGCUGCUUGUCUCAGGCCAGCCAGGAAGCACUAGUACCAUUACCACCUCCUGACAAUGCCAAGACUUCCAUACAUCUGCCUUUGAGGGAUAUGAUAGGGUCUUGGAGACCUACAGAGUCAGGUGGCUGCAAGGGGCGGUACAAGGGAGCUGUGCAACAGACCUUUGGU